UUUAUUUCCGUGGAACUAACUGAAUGGCUUCAAAAAACAGGAGGAGUUUCCAGCCCCUGGUGAGAAACAAGGAAGGAGUUUUGUGUAACGCUGCCAAGAUGGAUUGGGAUCCGAUAACGAUGGCGAACCUUCAUCUGACAGCUACCGAACAUCGUUAUUACGGCGAUAUUUUUAUAUAUUGCUGCGAAAACGCUGACAGCGACAGCGUAUCGGUUGUUAAAGUAGCCGAGCUUUUACGCUCUGCAAAUUUGCCGCGAGACGUCACGAUGAAGAUACUAGACAUCUGCAUUGGAAUCAAAGGUACAACUCAUAUAGGUAAAAAACAGUUCUAUGCUGUCCUUAAACUGGUGGCAGCUCAUCAAGCCGGGCUGGAUGUUUGUAGAGAUAUGGUAACGGCUGCUCUAGAUAUUAUAUCUCUGCCAAGAUUUACAUGGCCAACUUCUGGAGACGAGGAGGGUAGGAGGAGUACGGAUUCGACGAGAGGUAUCAAAAGUAGAUGUCAUGUACCUGAAAGCACAACAGAAAGUGAGAGCGAAGCAGAAUCUCCACGAGAAACCGGUGGAAGUACGGAUUCUCCAACGCCAACCAAUAGUGUAACUCAAGAAAGAAAUGAUGGAAUAUUGGGAGGAGAUACAAUAUUGGAUGCCGUUUCUGGGGGGUGGGAGGGUCUUCUUAUGUCCGAAGAGCAGAGACAAUUGUUAGGUACGGAAGAGGAAAGUUCUGAACGUCACAGCAGCGAUGAAGGCGAAGGAGAAGGAGAUUGUUCUGGCUUUCCUCCCGAAGAGGUGUGGAUUAUAAGCGACGAACAACGCGAUUAUUAUGCUGCUCAAUUCGCGCAAUUGCAGUCUGAUCCAGAAGGACUUCUGGCUGGACCAGUAGCUCGAACAUUCUUUGAAAAAUCUAGACUUCCCGUAGCUGAACUGAGACGUAUUUGGCAGCUAGCGGAUGUAACCAGAGAUGGGGCGCUAAGUUUGCAAGAAUUUUAUGUAGCUAUGCAUUUGGUAGUCCUCAGAAGAAAUCAUGUACCUCUUCCCGAUGUUUUACCUCCGUCCUUAUCAAUUCCAUUAGUAAUGCAAACUACAAACGCCCCACCACCAGUUUCAUCGACGACCAAGUGCCAAAGCAGUCCACCUAAUUCAGUAAAUAUGAGAGAUAAGAAUAAGGAAUGGACCAAGUUCGUAGAUUCGCCGACUGGUACAACUACCUCUCUCACGAGUCCUGGACUACAAUUGGUUAAUUUUGAUUUUCAAAAAUCUGCCGUCGAACGAGAUCCUAAGAUUUUACAUCCAGUAGCUCUUCGUUUAACACCUGAAGCAGCUAUUCUGGCUUCUGGGGCCAAUGGUAGCAAUAGCAGUUGUACCACAUUAGGUGAAGACGAUUUGCAACCUUCUCCCGCAUCUUUGGUGCAGCGACCGCUUGUUAAAAAACCACCACAAUCUGCCGAAGAUGCUGUUAUAGUAACUCCAAAGAAGGAACCACCACCGCCACCACCUCCUAGGCCUUAUAGAACACACGCACGAAGUUCUAGUCUUGAUCUUAACAAACUAGGGAAAAAUGGUCAAAGUUUCCUCGGAGCACCUCCGCUCGUACCGCCAAGAAUUUCACCAGGAAUCACUUCACCUCGAAAACUGGUUGGCCAAAAAAGCGAAGGGGAGGCUCAGAAGACCCUGAGCGAAAGUCAAGGUUUUGUUGCUGAUUUUUCUCAUUUUUCUCCAAAGAAUGAAUUACCUGAAAAUCCUUCCAUGGAGAACAGUAUUUCCCAGUCUCAACAAUUUACAGGAGUUUGUGGUGCAUUUCAAAUUUAUAGGAAACCCAGUCCGAAACGAGAGCUCGAGGAAGAAGAUUCGUCUAAAGAUGACCCAGAAGAUGGUAAGAAAUUAACUUUGCAAGAAUUGCGAGAGAAGAAUGCAGAACUUCGACUAGUCUGUGAAGAAUUGACGCGCGAAUUAGCCAGCGCCCUACAAGAACGUAUAAAUCUUCGUGCGAAACUCAUGCUUUUGGUCUGAUCCUUCCAUUUAUAUUUUCUCGUACAUACAUUCGAAGUAACGUUUUCCAUUCUUCAAUGUAAACUCAUGUAUUUAAUAUGUCGUACCUAGUCUAGAAUUGAUCUUCUUUCGACGGUAUAGUUUAUAUGUAUAUCUGUCAAAGUCAAUUGUGCGAAUGAAAGAUAAAAGGCUCGAACAAAAAUCAUGUUGCGGUAGUGUUCCGCUUUUUCUACAAUAAUCGGAGUUACUACUUCCUGUCAUUACAGGAUCCUACAGUGCAAAAAUAUAUAUACUUUUAUAAUGCUGACGCAUCGAUAACUAAGACGCCAAGUUCUUGAUUAUAUUUUAGGUAGGCGUCUUUUUCUUUUUUCAAAAGAAUCCUGUGGAAAUUAUUAUACGUUCUUUAUAUUGUGGGUGUAAAAAAAGAAGCUAUUUAGUAGCUUAUAAUUACCCCCACCUCUCAUUAAAAUUGUAGCAUUGGAAAAAUUUUGAUUCCAAAACAUUUGUAUAUUAUGGACGAAUAUCCUUCAAGCAAAAAAUUAUUUAUUAAAAGACAAAAUAAUAGUUUAAGCUUUACAUUUAUUAUUAAUGUACACUGCAAAAUUAGAUUAUUCAUUAAAAAGACGUAUGAUAAAUUCGUACAAACGUAAUCAUUGUCGUCUUCGCGUAGAAACUUCUGUGCGUUCAUUUAUGUGUAUUUUAAUUAUGCUGAUGUUAGACUGAAAAAAUUGAAAUAAAAUUGUAAUAUCGUUAAAAUUCGACGACGUGCAAAGAAACCUACGCAAAGAUUAUUAAUGAUCACGUUCGUAUCAUUUUUAACAAGAAAGUCAACUUGUAUUUUCGUAUCGCUGUACAAUCAAAUUUUUCACUGCAUGAAAGAUAUAGCUUAGUAUCGUGAUACUAAGAAAAAGUCUUACUAAAUCGUGUUUUACUUCGUGAUAGCUAUUGUAUUAUAUAAGUAUUUUAGACAUUAGACAGAAUUAGGCAAAAAGGCGAAAGAGAGAGAGAGAGAGAGAGAGAGAAAGAGAAAGAAAGAGAGAGAAAGAGAGAGAAGAACUUUAAAAGGAAGAAAAUCUGCAGGAACAGAAUAAUAAAAGAAUGACCCGAUCGCAAAGAAAAAACAAAAUGUCCGUGAUCGGAAUAUACACAGAGAGAAUAUUAAUUUUUCUAUUAAUUCUUUAAAAGUCGUCUAUUAGAAGAAUGCAAAUUAAGUGGUGAAAUGAAAUAAUCCAUUUUAUUGUUGUUGAUACAAAAAAAAAAAUAAUGAAACUAUUAAGAUGUUCUCUAUGAAUCUUGUAUAAUUCUUUAUGAAGUUACAAGAAACGUUAUUAUAUUUGUGCCAUAUAAUGCAAGAUUUUACUAUCCCACUGAUCCAAGCGAGAUAUUUUCCUUGAUCUUUUCGAUAUUAUUGUAUCGUUAAAUCGUUUAUUGCAUCUUAUGUUCUUUGCUUCACUCUAGUCGACGUCGAAGCUUGUAGAUUUAAACUAAUUUCUGUAAAAGGCUAUACACCACUAUGUUCUCACCUAGAUUCGAUUAUUCUGAUUGCAAAAAUAGGGAAUAAAUUUGUCUGUAAAUAUAAUUUGAUGAAAUAAAUUUCUUACUGACAGAUGGUUUUGCAAGCAACA